CGGCGCAUGCGCGGCGGUGCCCGGAAGCAGGCGGCGUGCCGGGCUGGCUGCCGGGGCUGCGGUACCGGCGGCGCGGAGCGGAGCGGGAUGAGCCCUGCGGAGUGAGCGGAGCCCCCGCCCGCCCUCCUGCCCGCUCCUCUCCGCUCUCCGCCCCGCCCGGCUCCGCUCUGGCUUCAGGCCCCUUCUCCCUGCGCUGCGGCGGGCGGAGGCGGCGGAAGGAGAAGCCCAUGGAGGGGAACCGGGACGAGGCCGAGAAGUGCAUCGGCAUCGCGCGGGAGGCGCUGGAGGCCGGGAACCGCGACCGUGCCCUGCGCUUCCUCGGCAAGGCCCAGAAGCUCUACCCGACCGACACAGCCCGAGUUUUGUUGGAAGCUAUUAUGAAGAAUGGAAGUACUGCUGGGGGAGGCGCUUACUGCCGAAAACCAGCCAGUAGCAAUGAUCAAAGUAAGCCCAAUAGCACGAAGGAGAGCAAUGCAUCUGCUGCAGGUGAAAGUGGAAAAGGCUACACCAAAGACCAAAUGGAAGGAGUAUUCAGUAUAAAGAAAUGUAAAAACUUUUACGAAGUCCUUGGGGUGUCAAAGGAUGCGGGUGAAGAAGACCUCAAGAAGGCCUAUAGGAAACUUGCUUUGAAAUUCCACCCAGACAAAAACCACGCACCUGGAGCAACAGAGGCUUUUAAAAAGAUCGGACACGCAUAUGCUGUGUUGAGUAACCCAGAAAAGCGAAAGCAGUAUGACCUGACGGGCAGCGAAGAGCAGACCUGCAGCCACCCAAGCAACGGCAGAUUCAACUUCCACAGAGGCUGCGAGGCAGAUAUCACUCCAGAGGAUCUAUUCAACAUGUUUUUUGGAGGGGCCUUUCCAACAGGUAGUGUACAUUCAUUUUCUAACGGUCGUGCUGGCUACAGUCACCCUAAUCAGCACCAUCAGAGCGGGCAUGAGCGGGAAGAAGAGAGGGGUGAUGGAGGCUUCUCUAUGUUCAUUCAGCUGAUGCCUAUUAUUGUGUUGAUCCUCGUCUCCUUGUUGAGCCAGUUGAUGGUAUCGAACCCUCCUUACGCCUUAUACCCAAGAUCAAGUACAGGGCAGACCAUAAAAAUGCAGACAGAAAACUUGCACGUCGUUUAUUACGUCAACAAAGACUUUAGAAAUGAAUACAAAGGAGCCUCGUUACAGAAGGUGGAAAAGAGUGUGGAAGAGGAUUAUGUGUCCAACAUUCGUAAUAAUUGUUGGAAGGAGAGGCAACAAAAAUCAGAGUUACUUUAUGCAGCAAAAGUAUAUCGAGAUGACCGUCUCCGAAAGAAAGCAGACUCCAUGGCCAUGGACAACUGCAAAGAACUAGAACGGCUGACCAGCCUCUAUCGAGGAGGAUGAACUACAAUUAUAGACAUAUAUCUUUACAUAUGCCCUUAUCUCUUGUAAAUUAAGAAGAGAUUUAGUUUCACCAUGAAUACUGGAGAAGAGGGGUGGAUGUAAAACUCUACUGUGUAGCUGUUUCCAGAAACCUUAUGCUGAAAUAUCAUUUAAUGGCUUCUUUACCUACUGUGAAAUAUAGGUACUUUAAUUGUCUAGAUUUUACUUCAAAGCUUCUGUGAAUUCUUUCAGCAGAGAGAAUAGCUCAGAAAGGAUGCUAUACUUGUAGAGACUUAGUCAUAGUGGUUCUCCUCUAACAUAUUUGCCAUGUAAAUAUCUGUGGAAAGAACACUGUGUAUAUAUGAGUUAAAUUACUUUCUAUUUAAAAUCUCAGAAAUUUAGUUCCAUACAACAUUUUGUCUCACUGAUGGAAUAAAUGGUAUGAUUACAUCACUCCUA